AUGGCACCACAAACCAUUGCAGUUAUCGGGGGUCUGGAUGCCGAUCUAGUCAUGAUUGCGCCUCGUAUCCCAGAUCAGGGGGAGAAUGUUCUAGCAAACGAAUAUCUGGAGACGUUGGGGGGGAAAGGGGCAAACUCUGCGAUUGCAACAUACCGUGCUUGUCACAAAAAGUCAUUAGAACACACAGGAAUUCCUGUGAAUAAGGUGACGGAGAAGCCAGCAGGUGGCGAUGAUGUAACAACCGCGAAUACCGAGCUGACCACGUCGGCCUUGGGCGAACUUGCCAUUGACAGCCCAGGGGAGGGCAACAUACAGGUCAAGAUGAUCGGUGCAGUUGGUGAUGACCGAUAUGAAGAGAAGUUCAUCGUGGGCUUGAGCAAUAAUGGCGUUGAUGCUUCAGGCAUCGUGACGGUGCCUAACACACGUUCGAGCGUCUGUUUCGUCAUGGUCGAGGAUACCACGCGCGAAAACCGGUGUCUUUUCACCUUGGGCGCAACCGCAUCCUGGAAGAAAGAGGAUUUUAUCAGUGCUGAGCAGCUCGGAGGCGGCAUACGACCGGAAUUGAUCGUAGCUCAGAUGGAAAUCGACAAGGAGAUCGUCGAGACUAUGAUCGCAACUGCUGGCAAAGCCGGAAUUGAGUUCUGCUUGAAUGCGGCGCCUGCGACUCCCAUCGGCAAGCGCUUCUACCGAUACGUCACCCACCUGUUGGUCAACGAGUCCGAAGCAGCCAUAAUGUCUGGUCGAGACAGAGACGAGGUCAACGAAGAAACUUGGCCGGUCAUUGCUCGGGAGUUCUUGAACCGCGGUGUCAAGAACGUGGUCAUCACACUCGGUUCUAAAGGUGCAUUCUACGCCAAAGCGACUGGAAGCAGCCAAUGCCCGGCUUUCGAUGUAGAAGUUAAGGACACCACAGGUGCAGGCGAUACCUUCACUGGGGCGUAUGCAUCUGACUACCUGGGCCAGAAAGCCAGGGGAGUUUGGGACAUCAGGAGCGCAGUCAUUCGUGGGAACAAAGCUGCUGCGCUUACUAUUCAAAGUGUGGGAGCUCAAGCCGGCAUCCCUUGGGCGGAUGAGAUUGACAGGUUUGAUGCUCCUCGUAAGGUUAUCGAUGCUGUUAGGUCAAGUUCGACUGCUGAGAUUGCUAGCGAGGCUUGA